AUGGUGUGGCGUUGUUGUCUGAGUUUCUUUGUGUCAUUGGCAUUAUUUAAUGGUCAUUUUGCAGAUGUUUGUAGCAGACACAAAAGGAAAGGCACCGUUUUGAAGAUCCAAUAUUACUGCUGCUCAAACUACGUCUUAAAAGGAGGAACAUGUGAAGAAUGUCCAGUCGGCUUUACUACUCAUCCUGAGGAAGCAGUAUGUAAGCCAUGUUCGUCAAACUUUUUCGGAUACAGAUGCAUAGAAAAAUGUUCCUGUAAAGAAAAAGAGAGCUGUAAUCACAUUGAUGGGUGUGUAAGAGAUGAAACUGAUCAACAUCAUACAACAGAACCCACUACUCCAACUACAGUGUUUUCAGUGUUUCCAAACAAGGAAAGUAUAAUUUAUAUCGGAAGUAUAGGUCUGAUGGCAUUUAUUAUUUGUAGCUUGAUAGCAUACAUUUGUUAUAAAAAGAAUGGAAAAAAGAAAUCAUUUGACAAAAAUAAAUCAAAUGAAAAUCCUCAUGAAAACUGGCACAAUGAACAUAAGAACACAGAUGAAAAUGAAUAUGCAGAGAUUGAGGAGACAUUCUUAUACAACAUCAAAACUGCGACAAGGGGAGUAAAGGUCAAGGACAAGGAAGUAAAUAAUGAUAGGAAUCAUUUGAACAACGAUGAUUUCAUGAAUGGUUAUUUAAAUCCGUUCCAACCAAUCAAAUCUACAGAGGUGGAUGUUCAUCAAUAUAGCUCCACAAUGAACGAUGGGGACAAUGCAACCACUCCAGCUGAUAACCAAGGGGAUUGCGGAUGAAUCCCUAUCAACCAAUCAUAUCUACAGUGAUGGAUGUUCAUCAAUAUAGCUCCACAGUGAACGAUGGGGACAAUGCAACAACUUCAGUUGAUAACCAAAGUGAUUCCGGAUACCUAAAUCCACAUCAAUCACUAACACUGGACACUCUAGAGAAUUAACAUGUCUAUAAUGAAUUGAAAUCAAGGAUUACCAAAAAAGACACAGAAAUACAAAAAUUCAUCACGAAAGAUGGAGAGGAUGAAUCUGAUUGCGAAGAUGAAUGCUUAUUGACGAAUAUUUAACAGAUUUUCCCUUUCUUUUUGAGAUACUAUGACCCGUCUCUUAGAUGCAUGCUUUUUAAAUAACUUUUUAAAAAUUGUGUGAAAUUGAGUUAUUUGUCACAUUGGUACUUUUGAAUUAAAACUCAGUUUAGAGACAUUUUUGUGCUAACAAGUUUGCAGUAUUUUUUAAAAAUUUUAUUCAUUUUAUAUGUAAUGAUCUGUAGACGCAAAAUGAUAAUAGGAUCAUGGAAAGAAAGUCAAAAUUGAAAAAUUAUUUCAAGAAUAUUUAAUCAAUGGACAACGUGUGUGUUCAAUAACUCAUAUCAGCAAUAUUAAGACAAGAAACACAAAAUAAUAAAAACUUCCUAAAAGUCACGUUCACGUGCCUAUCUGUACCCAACCGGAACACCUGUAUGCACCUAUUUGUUUUUAGGGGUUCGUGUUGCCCAAUCUUAAGUUUCGCUGUAGUGUUUUGUAGUGUUUUAUUUCCUUUUGGUCAUGGUGUUAUCGGUAUUUAUUCGACUAAUGAUAUAUGAUUGGCCCCUUGGUAUCUGUACCUUUUAUUUAAGACAUUUUUUGAUUUUUUCUUUAUAAUCAUUAAUAAUAAUUAU